AUGGAUGUAUAUAAAAUAAAAGGCGGCAACCGGUUAUCAGGCACCAUUAAAGUAAGCGGUGCCAAAAACAGUGCAGUAGCAUUGAUUCCUGCAUCAAUAUUAGCCAAUUCUCCGGUAGAAAUUCACGGCUUACCGGAAAUUUCCGACGUGUGGACACUUAAAAGCAUUUUAGAACAACUUCACGGCGAAAUCACGUUUGAAAAAGACGGUAAAAUGACCAUCAAUCCCACCAAUAUGGUCAAUAUACCUUUGCUAAAUGGCAAUGUUACAAAACUUCGUGCUUCUUAUUACAUGAUGGGUGCUAUGCUUGGUCGUUUCAAACGGGCCGCAAUUGGGCUUCCCGGCGGUUGUUUCUUGGGCCCCCGUCCGAUUGAUCAGCAUAUCAAAGGGUUCGAAGCCAUGGGGGCGAAGGUGACGAACCACCACGGCACCAUCUAUUUAUGCGCUGAUGAACUGCGCGGCGCGGAAAUUUACUUGGAUGUAGUCAGUGUUGGCGCAACUGUUAAUAUCAUGCUUGCUGCUGUUCUGGCUAAAGGACAGACUGUUAUUCAGAAUGCUGCAAAAGAGCCUGAGAUUGUUGAUGUUGCUGCAUUUCUUACCAAAAUGGGUGCUAAAAUUGAUGGAGCAGGAACUAGUAUUGUGUACAUUGAUGGUGUUGAUGAAUUACAUGGAACGAAGCAUUCGGUUAUUCCAGACCGGAUUGAAGCCGGCACGUUCAUGAUCAUGGCGGCUGCGGUUGGUGACGGGAUUACGAUAGAGAAUGUCGUUCCGUUGCACGUGGAAGCGUUAACGGAAAAAAUGCGGGAAAUGGGUGUUGAUGUCCGACAAGGCAAAGAGUCCAUUUUCGUUCCGAAGGCUGAGAACCUGAAGGCCGUUGAUGUUGAGACUCUGGUGUAUCCUGGUUUUGCUACAGAUUUACAGCAGCCGUUUACGGUGUUGCUGACACAAGCGGAAGGAUGUUCGGUGAUUACUGAUACGAUUUACUCGGAGCGUUUUAAUCACGUCGACGAGCUGCGUCGUAUGAACGCUUGCGUCCGGGUGGAAGGAGAAGCAGCUAUCGUUACCGGACCUAGUCCGUUAACGUCAGCUUCUGUUGUAGCUUCUGAUUUACGGGGCGGAGCUGCACUAGUCAUUGCAGGUUUGCUUGCAGAAGGUGAAACUGAAAUUCAUGACAUUUAUCAUAUUGAACGAGGGUAUUCCUCGAUUAUUGAAAAACUGCAAGGACUUGGUGCUGAUAUUCGCAGAGAGACGAUUCGGCCCGAGACCCAACCCGACCCGGUAAGAAAAAGCCCGAUCCAGCACGGGCACGAAAAAAACACGGCCUACGACUUCAUGCUCGUGCCAGGCCAGGUAGGGCCGUCAUGCCUAAGCAACAAUUAUAUGGAUGGUUCUGGGUCGGGCCACCGUGCCUAG